AUGGCUCCCUCAGAUUUUGCCGACUAUCCCAAACCUGUUGAAACACCUGCAACAACCUACAACCCUAAGAUUGACAAUAAUCCUGUGCUCCGAGGAGUCCCUCUUGCAAUUGGCGCCGGCCUCAUAUCUAGAUUUAGUUUCAUUCAGCAACAUUUCUGGAACAAUGCACGCUUUGGCACCAUCAAAGAUAUUCCUGCUCUAGAUAAUAUCCCAUACAGAUUUCAUCCUACAGUCACACCCCUAGGUCCCACCGGGCCUAUGCUCGAAUUGGGCCCAGAACUCAUCAAGUCUCAGUACGCAGAGUCGAAAGCCCGCUACUACACUGCAAGCGACUAUCAUGAGAUGUUCAAGUCCGGUCAGGUGACCCCUCUCCAGGUCGCCGAGGCUCUCCUCCCUCUCAUUUCCCGACCGAGCGGCAAGUAUGCAGAUGGCUGGGUUGAUAACCAUGGCAAAGACCAUCUCGUUAUCGAGGCUGCCAAAGCUUCCACCGAGCGAUAUGCUGCUGGCCAACCGCUAAGUGUCUUGGACGGUGUUCCUAUCGGAGUCAAGGAUGAUACCGAUACCAAGGGUUUCCACAACCACAUUGGCAUGAAGUACGACCCGUCGAUUGACACUUUCAAAGAGAAGGAAGAAUCCUCAUGGCCGGUCAAGAAACUUCAAGAAGCUGGUGCCGUGGUCGUUGGCAAGAAUUCCAUGCAUGAGCUUGGCUCUGACACCAGUGGAUGCAAUGCUGCCCAAGGAACCCCUACCAACUGGCAUAACAAAUCCUACUAUCCCGGCGGUUCUUCUUCUGGCGGCUCAUCCGCCGUCUCCGCCGGAGUCGUACCUAUCUCUGUUGGUACCGACGCCGGAGGCAGUAUCCGUAUUCCUCCCACUUUCAAUGGCGUCUAUGGCCUCAAGACGACGCACAACAGAGCCGUGUUUAUGAACAACACCAUGUGCAUCACUGGCCCCCUAGCAGCCACUGUCGCAGAUCUAACCAUUGCCUACCGUGUCAUGUCCCAGCCGAAUCCCGACUGCCACGUUCAGGGCCGCUUUGCACUUUCUGUCCCACCCCAAAAGGGCGAGAAAAAGGUCAUUGGCAUCUACCGCGACUGGUGGAAGCAAGCCGAUCCUCGCGUCAAUGAGGUCUGUCAGCGAGCAGUUGAUUACCUUACCAGCAAGUGCGGCUAUGAGAUCGUAGAUAUCACCAUCCCUUAUAUCCCUGAGGCACAGCUCGCUCAUAGUGCUAUCUGCAUAAUUGAAAUGGCCGAGGCUGCUCGUCGACGGACUCCCAAUCCAGCUGACUGGCUUUCCCUUGUCGGGCCUGCUAACAAAGUCAUCAUGUCUGUCGCAACCAAGACGCCCGCAGCAGAUCUCCUCAAGUAUAAUGCUCUCAGAGAGCUCAUUAUGCAGCACCUGGCUUUCCUGUUCCAGAAGCACCCCGGACUUCUCAUCGUGACGCCCACAACACCUUUGGUCGGAUGGCCCAUUGUCCCCGGUGACGAAGCCUACGGCAUGAGCGAUACCAACACGACCAUCCGGAACAUGCUAUACAUCUUCCUGGCCAACUUGACCGGUACCCCUUCACUUUCGGCCCCCAUCGGAUACGUCGACCCGGAUCAGGGUGAGGGUAAGCUACCCAUCGGCUUGAUGGCUACAGGAGAAUGGGGCAGCGAGGAGCAGCUUUUGGCAUGGGCAUCAGAGGCUGAAGAGUAUCUACAUAAUGCUACAGAGUCGGGGCGACGACGACCCAGUGAGUGGUUGGAUGUUGCGGAUCUAGUGAAGAAGGAAUAA